GUUGCAGUUCUUUUACCGUUACCGAUUAAAACUAAGAUGGAAGAUCCACCACCUUCAAGGUAUGACGAUUUAACUCACGAAACCAAUAGGUUUAGUGGCGAGUUUUCAUCCCCAAAGAAAGUUUUCAACGAAGAUGAGGUCAAGAGUAUAGUGAAAGAGACAGUGGAAUCUACAAUAUUACAAGACUCCGCGUACCUUCAUAGUAGAAUAUCAAAUUGGAAUGCUACUAUUGUGGGAGAAACAGUAAAAAAAUUAGCAGCCUUAAAUAAAUCAAUGAAGUAUAUUGUGACUUGUACUAUUUUUGAAAAGAAUGGUGCGGGUAUACAUGCUACCACUACUUGUCAUUGGGAUAGUAAACAUGAUGGCAGCACCACAUACAGGCAUGACACAAAUAGUAUGUAUGUUAUCGUCAAUGUUUGGGGAUUGAGUGUAUAA